AUGAAAUGGUUAAAACGACAGCGUUUACGUCCUGAUUGUGAAAUGGUGGGGAAUCUGUGAUCGGAUGAGCAGCUGGCUGCGUGACUGCAUCUGCCUCAGGAGCUGAACCGUAUUUCAGUCUUCAGAGACUAACCUGAUGAUUCGUUGGAGGAGAAUGCGCAACCCGAGUUUCUCUGUACACGGACUACUCAGAAAUAUACAGGGACCUUGUCACUGGCCCAUGCUUACUCGCAUAUCUAACAAUGGGUCUGUCCCUUCCUGUUCUUUUACCACAGGUUUGAGACUCAAGAGUUCUUAUCGGGACACUGACUUAUAUUCAUUAAACAAAAAGAUAUCCCAUUUGAUCAGGACUGGUCGGAUUUUUGAAGCGAGAGCCCUGUUUGACAGUACGAAGAACCGAAAUACUGUUACAUGGAAUUCAAUGAUAAGUGGGUAUGUACAACGAAGAGAGAUGGCUAAGGCACGUAAGCUGUUCAAUGAAUUGCCUGAAAGAGAUGUUGUGUCCUGGAAUUUGAUGAUUUCAGGUUAUAUUUCAUGUCGUGGAAGUGGGUAUAUUGAGGAGGGGAGGAAAUUGUUUGAUAACAUGCCAGAGAGAAAUUGCGUUUCGUGGAACACGAUGAUCAGUGGGUAUGCAAAGAAUGGCAAGAUGGAUGAAGCGUUAAGGAUUUUUACCAGUAUGCCCAAGCGUAAUGUCGUUUCUUGGAAUGCUAUGAUUACUGGGUUUUUACGUAAUGGUAAUGUGGUGCGUGCUAUUGAGUUUUUUGAGAGAAUGCCAGAACGGGAUGCAGCUUCCCUCAGUGCACUCAUAUCAGGUCUUAUUCGGAAUGGUGAGUUGGAUAAAGCUGCAAGAGUUCUUUUUAAGUUUGGUAAUAAGGAUGAAGCCAAAGAAGAUUUAGUGCGUGCAUAUAAUACUUUGAUUGCAGGAUAUGGUCAGGGAGGAAGGGUUGAAGAAGCGCGACACCUUUUUGAUCAUAUUCCAUUUUAUCAUGAUCAAAGUAAAGAGGGUAAUGCGACAUUCAAGAGAAAUUUGGUAUCAUGGAAUUCUAUGAUUAUGUGCUAUGUGAAAGUGGGAGAUAUUGCUUCUGCCAGGGAACUUUUUGACCUAAUGGCAGAAAGGGAUACUUUUUCCUGGAAUACAAUGAUCUAUGGCUAUGUCCAUUUGUCAAAUAUGGAAGAGGCUUCAAAUCUCUUUGGUAAAAUGCCAAAUCCUGAUACCCUUUCAUGGAAUACAAUGAUAUCGGGGUUCAUGGAAAUUGGCAAUUUAACCCUUGCUAAUGACUUCUUCGAAAGGAUGCCCCAGAGGAACCUGGUAUCCUGGAACUCCAUGAUUGCAGGAUAUGAGAAAAAUGAGGACUACAACGAAGCAGUUAAACUCUUCACUCAGAUGCUACUUGAAGGGGAGAAACCUGAUAGACACACUUUAUCUUCAGUUCUCAGCGUGUGUACUGGGCUAGUGGAUCUUCACCUAGGUAUGCAGAUCCAUCAGCUGGUCACAAAGACAGUUAUUCCAGAUGUGCCAAUAGAUAACUCUCUCAUUACCAUGUAUUCAAGAUGUGGGGCUAUAAGCCAGGCAUGGACCAUUUUUGGCGAGAUGAAACUGCAAAAAAAUGUAAUCUCUUGGAAUGCAAUGAUCGGUGGUUACGCAUCUCAUGGUUUUUCCAAAGAGGCUCUUGAGCUUUUUGAAGUGAUGAGGAGGCUUAAAGUGCGGCCUACAUAUAUUACCUUUAUCUCAGUUUUGCAUGCAUGUGCUCAUGCAGGAUUAGUUGAAGAAGGCUGGAAACAAUUCAAAUCCAUGACGUAUGAAUUUGAUAUUGAACCACGGGUUGAACAUUUCGCUGCGCUUGUGGAUAUUGUGGGUCGGCAUGGGCAGCUUGAGGAGGCCAUGGAUUUGAUCAAUAGUAUGCCAUGUGAACCAGAUACGGCUGUAUGGGGUGCAUUAUUAGGUGCUUGUAGGGUGCAUCACAAUGUAGAGUUGGCCCGAGUUGCUGCCGAAGCAUUGAUGAGACUUGAACCCAAAAGUUCAGCCCCAUAUGUGUUGCUAUAUAAUAUGUAUGCUGAUGUUGGACAGUGGGAUGAUGCAGCAGAAAUUAGAAUGUUGAUGGAAAAAAAUAAUAUCAUAAAGCAACGAGGGUAUAGUUGGGUAGAUUCUUCGAAUUGAUGAUAAUCUAUGUGAUCAAAUGACCUGAUUAAUUGGAUUCAGUGGGGUAUUUUCCUUACAAUGUAUUUUGGUUCCCUCUUAUCAAAAGAAUACAAAAUCAGUCUACAGGAUUCAGUAAAAUGGUUGUUUGUAUAACCUGGACUUGCAAGAGAGAAAAUUUAAAUGAAAAGGUAGAGCAAGAUCAACUUGAGCGUAUCAUCUGAUGUUGGUCAGAUUCAAACGUCUGUUCUGGCUGUUUUGUUUUGAUGAGUAUUCACAUAUGAGCCGGAGCAGAGCACUUGUAGCAGUUUUGGAUGGGGCAGACCCUAUGAAUAUGGAGUAUACAUGUUGCAGCUGCAGAUCUUUUAUAGCUUGCAGGCUUGCAAAUUCAUCGCUUUGUUCACUCAUAAGCAUCACCAAUGUGUCACAUCUAUUGGAUCCCCAAAAAGGAAAGGUAUGUUAUUAUUGUAAUCUCUGGUUAGCCCUAGUCUUUAUGCUUUAACUGCCAGACAAACGAGAUAAUAACUACUCAUGAAAUGAAGCUUCACGUGAGGUACAAGAUAGAAGUAUGGAUUUGAUAUACAAAAUCCUUCUCUUGCUAGUCUAUGCAUUUGCGAUGCAGAAUCUGCAGAUCCUUUAGGGGAAUUUUGCUACAGAGACACUAAUAUUAGGAGAAAUAUCCAAACAUCAGCAAAUAUAGAUUGGUUGUUAGCUGAAUUGAUUUCUGAAACAGCCUCUGAUGGUUUUAUUGCCCCUUCCUUUGGUAAGGGGAAAGACAAAGUUUUUGGCCUCGCUCAAUGCAGAGGGGAUGUGAGCCACACAGACUGCUCGAGUUGGAUCCAUGAUGCAGCAAACCAGAUAUGGAAAAGCUGUCCAAAGUGUCGCAAGAAUGAGAGCUUAAUUGGGGAAGUUGAUACAUCUUGGGGGUUUUCUACUACAAUAUAGAUGCCGUAACAGAUCCUGAAAACUUCCACAGAGAACUAGGAGCUCUGAUAGAUGAAAUUAGAGCAUGAGCUGUUGAGCCUAGGAAUGAAGGGUUUGAGAGAGGUUUCACCAAGUUGUCUCCGUUUGUGACACUUUAUGCAUUGGCACAGUGCACAGGCCACCGUCUCGGAUAUAUUGUGCUCAGUGUUUGGCCAUCACUGCUGGCAGCUUUGAAGAACAUUGCAAUAACCAGAAGGGGUGCCGAGUUAUGUAUAGAGGUCGUUACGUCCCAUACAAGCUCUAUCAUUUGUUCUUUCCCCUUGUUUCAAACAAUACCGGGGCUGAUACUCUGAUGGCUAUAAGUUUAUCCAUAGAUAUUUUAAGCCUAUCUAUCUAGGUGAUCCUGCGCGACCCUUGUCUUUUAAAUUGUUCAAUAUGUUUUUUAUUUUUGGUGUGAUAAAAUUUUGCUGUCUUGAUUUCCCGU